AUGUUGUAUGGCCUUAAAGUUGAAUGUGGCAUGCCAUCUAACUGUCAUAAAUCAGGGGCACCAGAUGCUUGCUUUUUCUUUUCAGACAACCUUGUAGUGAUAGACCAUUUUUAUGACGACAUUUAUGUGUUAUCCUUACAUGAUGGGAGCACAAUGACACCAUGGUUGGAUGGAGUGGAGCAGAAGCUUCUCAGCCUAAAAGCUUCUGCCUCAGAAGAUCUGAAGCCUCAGACUUCAGGACUGGAUGCAAAUGGUUCAAUUAAAGCGGGCUUUGUUGCUGAGAAGUCUAGAGAGCAGUAUAUCAAAGAUGUUGAUGAAUGUCAGAAAUACAUAAAAGAUGGAGAAAGCUAUGAGUUGUGUCUAACAACUCAGACGAGAAAACGAAUAGGGGAAAUAGAUUCUCUGGGACUUUAUCUUAAUCUUAGAGAAAGGAAUCCAGCACCAUAUGCUGCCUGGAUUAAUUUUUCCAAGGAGAAACUAUCUAUCUGUUGUUCUUCGCCCGAGAGGUUCUUAAGAUUGGACAGAAAUGGGAUUUUGGAAGCAAAGCCAAUAAAGGGCACCGUGGCUCGUGGUUCAGAAUCAGAGGAAGAUGAACUUCUCAAACUGCAGUUACAAUAUAGUGAAAAGGAUCAAGCAGAAAAUCUGAUGAUUGUUGACCUUCUAAGGAAUGACCUUGGUCGUGUCUGCGAGCCUGGCACAGUUCAUGUGCCCCAUCUGAUGGAAGUGGAAUCUUAUUCGACGGUUCACACCAUGGUGAGUACAAUUCGUGGAAAGAAGCGAUCAAAUGUGAGUGCAGUUGAUUGUGUUAGGGCAGCGUUUCCUGGUGGCUCAAUGACAGGUGCGCCUAAGCUAAGAUCGGUCGAACUUCUUGAAUCUCUUGAGAGUUGUUCCAGGGGCAUCUAUUCUGGCUGCAUAGGAUUUUUCUCAUAUAACCAAACAUUUGAUCUUAACAUUGUUAUAAGAACAGUCGUCAUACAUGAGGGCGAAGCUUCCGUAGGAGGAGGAGGGGCCAUUGUAGCUCUUUCAAAUCCUGAAGAUGAGUACAAAGAAAUGGUCUUGAAAAUGAGAGCCCCUAUUAAUGCGGUUAUUGAAUAUGAAAAUGGGUCAGUAUAG